ACAUCAAUCAUGGCGAUUGUUGGUCUUUCUUUUGAGAACGAUUAAUUUCUGCUGUAAUUUUUUUUAAUUUAAAUCUAAAAGUUUUUCAAGUGUAUUGUUUAAAUCAUUAAUUCCGUCAUUUUUAAUUUUGUCAAUAUCAGUAAAUAGGAAUUCUUAACAGUAAAAAUGAGUUCUGCUACGUCAACUGCACUAUUUGCCUGUUCCCGUUGUUUUUCAAGGCAUCCUUUCGAGGAAUUAUCCCCUGGAGAACAACUGUGUAAAGAAUGCCGUGGUUCGUUCCCGGUGGUGAAAUGCACGUACUGUCGUUCGGAGUUUCAACAAACAAGUAAAUCAAAUACAUCAUCAAUAUGUAAGAAAUGUGAAGCAAAUGUGAAGGCUUAUGGCAAACCUACAGCUUGUGAAUAUUGCAACAUCAUCGCUGCAUUUAUUGGCAACAAAUGUCAGCGGUGUGCAAAUUCAGAAAGGAAAUAUGGGUCUGCUGUAACAUGUGAGCAAUGUAAACAAAGAUGUGCUUUUGACAGACAUGAUGAUAGUAAAAAGGUUGAUGGCAAACUGCUAUGUUGGCUCUGCACCCAAUCGUUGAAGAGAGCUCUUGCUAGAACCAAACAGCAUCUUUCUUCAGUUGACAAACACAAGCACAGAUCUCACAAAUCCAAAAACAGUCACAAAGAAAAGCGUAAAUCUGACUCAAUGAAAGGAAAUGGUAACGAUAUAUCCAUGGGUGAUGUCCCAUUGGAGAAAAAAUCCAAACUAAACCCACUUCAAGGUUUGUUCUCAGGGGAAUUAGAUCCUAACAGUUCAGACCACGUAGUAGCUAUGACACAAUUGAAGGAAACUAUUGCAAGUUUACAGAAAAAAGUGCAGCAGAAAGAGAUGGAAUUACUCUCCAAAGAUAAAUUGAUAACAGAACUUAAGGCUCAACACCACAAUGAUACAACAGACCUCCGUAUCGAGAUGAAGAACAAAGAGCGUCUUAAUGAGACAAAAUUCAGCAUUAUGAACAGCAAAAUCCAGAAUUUGCUUAAGGAAGUGGCAACACUGAGCAAGUCUGCUAAAAGAAAUAACAAAAAUGUUAAAUCUCUGACAAAUGAUAACAGUGGAAGCGGUACAGACAGCCCAAGCACUAAUUAGGACAAUUUAGGCACCGUUCACAUGAUCGGGUGAACUAUGUUUUUUUAAUCAGAGAAACUCAGUUACUGUUGAACUGUUGACGGGCUCUAACUGUAAGAAACAUUCUAAUUAUGAGAAAUCACGUGUUUAUUGACAUUGACAUAUAGCUAAUUUAUUGUAAUUGAAUUUUAGUUCCCCUAUUUUACUAUUUUUAAAUCUAAAACUUCUCAACCUAACAUUAGAUUUUUCCUUUAUUUACUACGCCCAGGGUCUAUUUAACCACUGUCGUAUGUAUUUUUAUAUAUUUCAACUUCAUAGGAAAUGGUUUCACCGUUCGCAAGAACAAUAAAGCUAAUAGCGUAAGAGAAUAGUAACAAAAACGAAUUAAUGAAUAAGUUUAGUUUUGUUCUAUGGAUGUUGAAAGUAAACGAAUUCGACGCAUGAAUAUUAUUGGUAUAGUAAAUAAUAUAAAGUAUAUGGAAAUUACAUUAUCAUAUCAAGUAUAUCUUGAGAAUGCUCUCGUUCAGCUUGUGCUACUGCGAACACGAAUAUUUAAUGCGAAUUUCAAACUACUAAAAAAAAGUAAUUAUGACUUGUUAUUUAAAAUUGAAACCCUGUCAUGUGUGUACAUGAUAUAUAAAUUUAAACUAUUUAAAAGUGUGAAUGACGGGUUGUCUAGUGUGUGCGGUGAACCUUAAAAGGAGGUUCCUUUUAUUUUUUUAUUCUGCAAAUGGUUUCAUUUAUAGUAUUUAUAUGUUUAAGUGAAACUAGGUAUCAAUUUUAACCAUUUUGUUUAGAGUAAGUGAUGUGGUGUGAGUUUUUUUAUGAGAUGACAUCUAUAUAAUUUUAAUUUCCACUUGACAUAACGACUGUAGUCAAUAAACAAAAUUAAUGCUGUUAUAUAUAUUAAUACUAUAUAUUAGCAAUCAAGACUUGUAUGCUUCUAUCAAGAUAGUAAAGCCUUGAAACUUUCAUGUUUUAAUAGUCAAAAUUAUGAAUACUAAGUCAUCUCCUAAACUAUAUGAAUGAAUGUAUUAGAAAUAUAAGUAGAAACUGAUGCGGGUCAAUGGUAUUCGUUAGAAAAAAUUAAAGAUCACAUCCGUGAUUACAUUUUGUAUAUUUUUUACAUCAUUUUUUUUAAUUUUAGAAUAAAAUAUGUGAUUCAGUAAUUUAUUUUAUAGUUUAAUAUUGACAAUUGAAUAUUUUUUUGUAAUCUAAAUGUAAUCAUUUCAUGUAUAUAAUUUUACGCAGAUUCAUUAUUGAGAAUAUUUUUUGGGCAAUGAUUAAAAUAUCUUAGUACUCCGGAAUUUAUGAAGUGUACAAAAACCACGGUAUGUUUUUUAAAUUGUGUAUUUUUUUUAAUGAUAUAAGAUCAUUAUUUGAUGACAAUUAACAAAUCGACUGAUUAAUGCACAUACAAAUUAUUUUGAUAUUGUUUGUUUCUUUAGUUAAAUCUGUACUCAGUGUUGUUCGUUAACACUUAGUGGUUUCUUAAACUAAAUAAUUUCAUUUUAAAUCGUAUGGGAAGUUAAGUCCUUCUUGACUAUUUCUUUAAAUCAGUUGUUAUGCGGGCAUUAGUAUACAAUUACAAAUAUUUUAAUGGAUGACUCUGACUAUGGAGUUUUGACAAACAUACCUCAAUCAAUGUUGUUAUCACUUGUAUCACUUUAUGAACGCCUAACAUUCUAUACUUAUUAAGCCUUAUAGUACGUUUAUGAAUCUGUUAUGUCAUUACAAAAGAUGGACUAUAAAAACUUGCUUGUUGCCAUGGUUACCAUUACAUGGACAAACAGUAACAACAAAGGCCGUAUCUUUGGUAGUAAAUAGUCUGGUUAUAUAAAAGACUGUUAUUGACCCAAAAAGAGUAAUUUAAUACUCGAUAAUAAUUUUUACUUAUCGACUCCUAAUUCCAUUGUCUCGUGAUAUAAUUUAGAACAAUGUAACAAAAAUAAAUAUUGAAAAUUUA